AUGGCCAUGAAUUUCGUGACAUUUAACCAGGACUACAGCUACCUGGCUGUGGCAACAUCAAAAGGAUUUCAAAUAUUCACCACUGAACCCUUUGCCAAGAGCUAUGAGGCUAAAGAGGGAAACAUUGCCGUCAUUGAGAUGUUGUUUUCAACUUCUCUUGUCGCUUUGAUCUUGUCACCAAGACGUUUGCAAAUUCAAAACACCAAACGACAAUGCACAAUAUGCGAGUUGACAUUUCCCACAACCGUCCUGGCGGUCAAGCUAAACCGCAAGCGACUUGUUAUUGUCCUUGAGGAUCAAAUCUAUCUUUAUGAUAUCCAGACUAUGAAGCUCUUGUCUACUAUUGAUACUUCGCCAAAUCCUCAUGCCAUCUGUGCCCUUGCACCAUCAUCAGAGAAUUGCUACAUGGCAUACCCUCUUCCACAAAAGGCUCCUGCAGCUGCAAGUACAGCAACACAUGCUCCACCUGGAACAACCCACGUAUCUCCUACAACCGGAGAUGUCCUAAUAUUUGAUGCCGUCAAACUUGAGGCGAUCAAUGUCAUCGAAGCCCACCGUUCUCCCUUGGCACUCAUUGCGCUAAACAGCGAAGGCACAUUACUGGCCACCGCUUCAGAUAAAGGAACGAUUAUCCGUAUAUUUUCGGUUCCAGACGGCCACAAGCUGUAUCAGUUCCGCCGUGGCUCUAUGCCAUCUCGAAUCUACAGCAUGUCUUUCAACACCACAUCAACACUCCUAUGCGUAUCAUCGUCUACUGAGACCGUCCAUAUCUUCAAAUUGACCCAGCAAGGACCUUCGUCAGACGGCUCUUCAUCGUACGCUCCAUCAGCCCGGGACCAGGCUUCUCCGCCUGCAUACGGACAUUCACCUGAUGAAGACGAGGCUGGUGGCGAUGCAGGCUCGGACUCUUCGAGGAAACACAACGGCACCCUGAUGGGCAUGCUUCGCCGGACCUCCCAAAACGUAGGUGGCGCAGUUGCAGCUAGGGUAGGCGGGUAUCUUCCCAAGGGAGUUAGUGAGAUGUGGGAGCCAGCGCGGGACUUUGCUUGGAUCAAGCUGCCGCGGUCAAGCCAGGGCCCUGCUGGAAGCCCAGGCGCAGGACCCACGAGAAGUGUUGUUGCCAUGAGUAGCAACACCCCGCAUGUUAUGGUUGUUACCAGCGAUGGCAACUUUUAUGUUUUCAACAUCGACCUUUCGAAGGGUGGAGAAGGGACUCUCACCAAGCAAUAUUCUGUUGUGGAUUCGAAUGACAGGCUGGGAUAUGCUACGGAGUAUUGA